CUCCCGGCCGGCGGCGGCGGCAGCGGCGGCGGAGGAAGUUUCCGCUUUGCCUCCACCCCGGUAGCAGCUCCGCGGCCGGGGACAGCUUCCUCCGGGCGCUCCGCGAGCUUUGCUGCCGCCGCACGUCUGUCACAGCACCAUGGGGUUGCCCAAGGGCCCGGAGGGCCAGGGUCUCCCGGAGGUUGAAACAAGAGAAGAUGAAGAACAAAACGUCAAGCUGACUGAAAUUCUGGAGCUUUUGGUUGCAGCUGGAUAUUUCAGGGCACGAAUUAAAGGUUUGUCACCUUUUGACAAGGUAGUAGGAGGGAUGACUUGGUGCAUUACCACUUGCAGCUUUGACAUAGACGUUGAUUUGCUGUUUCAGGAAAACUCUACAAUAGGACAAAAAAUAGCACUAUCCGAAAAAAUCGUCUCAGUCCUGCCAAGGAUGAAGUGUCCACACCAGCUGGAGCCCCACCAGAUCCAGGGCAUGGAUUUUAUUCACAUAUUUCCUGUUGUCCAGUGGCUGGUGAAGCGAGCUAUAGAAACCAAGGAAGAAAUGGGGGACUACAUCCGCUCCUACUCCAUAUCCCAGUUCCAGAAAACCUACAGUCUCCCCGAGGAUGAUGACUUUACAAAGAGAAAAGAAAAGGCCAUCAAGACAGUUGUUGACCUUUCAGAUGUUUACAAGCCCCGUCGGAAAUACAAACGCCAGCAGGGAGCAGAAGAGCUGCUCGAUGAAGAAUCCCGAGUCCAUGCCACACUUUUGGAAUAUGGCAGGAGAUAUGGAUUUAGCCGCCAGAGCAAAACAGAGAAGGCCGAGGACAAGAAGACGGUCCUUCCCGCAGGGCUGUCGGCUGCAGAAAAAGCUGAUGCCCAUGAGGAAGAUGAGCUUCAAGCUGCUGAAGAGCAGCGUAUCCAGUCGUUGAUGACCAAGAUGACCGCCAUGGCGAAUGAGGAGAGCCGCCUCACUGCCAGCUCCGUAGGCCAGAUCGUGGGACUCUGCUCCGCCGAGAUCAAGCAGAUCGUGUCCGAGUACGCAGAGAAGCAGUCUGAGCUGUCAGCGGAAGAAAGUCCAGAAAAAUUAGGAACCUCCCAACUUCAUCGUCGCAAAGUCAUCUCCUUGAACAAGCAGAUUCUACAGAAGACCAAACAUCUGGAAGAGCUGCAGGCAAGUCAUAACGGCCUACAAGCCAGAUACGAUGAAACAAAGCAAACUCUGACAGAGCUGAAGCAUCACAGUGAGAAACUGGACAAAGAGCAGGCAGCCCUGGAGAAGAUAGAAUCCAAAGCAGACCCCAGUCUCCUGCAGAACUUGAGAGCACUUGUAGCCAUGAAUGAAAAUCUGAAAAGUCAGGAACAAGAGUUUAAAGCACAUUGUCGAGAAGAGAUGACACGGCUGCAGCAGGAAAUUGAAAACCUGAAAGCUGAGAGAGUGCCGGGCGGAGAUGAAAAGAGCCUAUCUGCUGGAGAGCCACGUGGUGCCCUAACCCCCGUGAUGACUCCUAGUGAAGACCUAGACAGACGAUAUAACAUGGAGAAAGAGAAACUUUACAAGAUCCGUUUGCUACAGGCUCGAAGAAAUCGAGAAAUCGCGAUUUUGCACCGCAAGAUUGACGAAGUCCCCAGCCGAGCUGAGUUAAUACAGUAUCAGAAGAGAUUCAUUGAACUCUACCGUCAGAUUUCAGCAGUGCACAAAGAAACCAAGCAGUUCUUCACUUUGUAUAAUACCCUGGAUGAUAAAAAGGUGUAUUUGGAAAAAGAGAUCAGCCUGCUGAACUCAAUUCAUGAGAACUUCUCACAAGCCAUGGCCUCCCCUACUGCCCGGGACCAGUUUUUACGUCAGAUGGAACAGAUCGUAGAAGGAAUUAAGCAGAGCAGAAUGAAGAUGGAAAAGAAGAAGCAAGAGAACAAGAUGCGAAGAGACCAGUUGAACGACCAGUACUUGGAACUGUUAGAAAAGCAGAGGCUGUACUUUAAGACUGUGAAGGAGUUCAAGGAGGAGGGCCGCAAGAAUGAGGUGCUGCUGUCCAAGAUGAGAGCCAAGGCCUCCUGAAGAUCCCCAGACAUCACCGUAUGUCGUCGAUUUUUUUUUAACGCCAUUUAUCAACUGCAAGAUGGUGAAGAUAGUUCUGAGCACUACCGUAGAGAGAUGCAGGGGCCAUGAUCGCAGCACCAGGAUAUUUUCUUUCUCCCAUUUGCUUCCAUUUCAUCUCUCUGUUGUUGAUGGAAUCAGACGGUGCAGACGUGGUGGCUUGGAGAACACCCGUCAUCCUAUGAAGAAAUGCGGGCAGUAUCUGUUCUGUGUCAGGUCAGCUUGAAUUUCUCCAGUAACAUUGCACAUAUGAAGGUACCUGUAUCUGUGUGGACUCUGAAUAAAAAGGAAUUCACUUGUUCAGCAGA